AUCUCACUUGAAAAGCUGAAAGCACCUACACCCUGUCCCUUUCUUUGCCACUCGUUUUUCUUUUCUACAUUAUUUUAAAUACUUUCCUUCCCUACUUUCAACCCUGCAAUGCCUAAAAAGGAAGUAGAAGACUUGCAACUUACCGAAAAGAAAGUAGAAGACUCGCAGCAAAAACUUAAUCCCUCUUGCUUUUCAUGCUUUAUUCUCUCUCUUUAAUUUCUUCCUCUGCUUCUAUACAUUAUCCAUUCUUCUUCUCGUCACUAACAAUUAUUCUUACUUCACCACUACCUACCCACUUCCCAGCUUCCUUUUUUUUUUUUCUCUAGAUUUUUAGUAAAACUUUUUUAGCUAGGACUGGAAAAUAAUCAAGUCUUGUUUCAAUUUAUUUUCUGCACCUUGUUUUAGUUUUCCUAUUAUUCUUCCUGCCUUUUUUAGGUGUCUAUGCAACUGGGCAGGGUUGAAGUUACCUACACAACAAUCUUUGCUUCUGUGGAUUUCUGGGACUAUCAGGUUAACUCUUUUUUAUGGGUUCUUUCUUGUCUUGUGUUUCUUGAAUUAUAAAUUUUAUCUGGCGACUUCUAGGAAGCACAGACAUUAUAUGAAUUAGAGGAAUUGGGUGUGAGCAGAAUAAGGAAAAUGAUGUAUGGGACAAUUUUCUAGAAAGAAGGCAUUCUCCCGAAUAGCAGAAGUCUGCAAAGAGUUCCUGUGGACUUGGAGCUCUGAAGUUAGGUGUUUUGGAGGACAGGUUCGAGCUGGAAUUUAAGUAGUCUGUGGUCUCUUUGAUGGAAUUAUCAAGAUCUAGUUCUUCUAAAAGGGCCAAAACGCCUGGAAAUGGGACUCAAGUCCCUUCUUGCUUGGUUGAUGAAUGCACAGCAGACCUUAGUAAAUGCAGGGACUAUCAUCGCCGCCAUAAAGUAUGCGAACUCCAUUCUAAGACCCCAAAAGUUACUAUUCAAGGUCAAGAGCAACGGUUUUGCCAGCAAUGCAGCAGAUUCCAUUCAUUGGGGGAGUUUGAUGAGGGAAAGCGAAGCUGCAGGAAACGGCUUGAUGGACACAACCGUCGUCGCAGGAAGCCUCAACCAGAACCUCUUUCCAUAAAUUCUGGAAGGUUUCUUUCCAAUCACCAAGGUACUAGAUUUAUACCAUUCAGUAGUCCUCAUGUAUUCUCAACUAGCUCAGUAAUGCCUGCUUGGACUGGAGUCUUUAAAGCCAGGGCUGAAGCAAUGCUUCACAGCCACCACGGUCAGUUAGACUUGAGUAAUAGGAACUUGUACGUGGAAUCAUCAUCUCAUGACUACAAGGAAGGGAAGCAAUUCCCUUUCUUAGAAGGAAUCAAUUCUACAUUCCCAGGAGCUUCCGUCUGCCAACCACUAUUGAGCGCCAAUUCCUCCUCUUCGAGUAACAUUGUCAGCAGCCAGAAAAUGUUCUCCAAUGGGUUAAACAGAGCAAUCAAUUCUGGUUGUGCUCUCUCUCUUCUGUCAUCACCACCAGCUGAGACUCAGGAUAUUGGUUUGAGCGAUAUGCUGCAGACUUACUCAAUCCCUCCUCAGUCCUUGAUCCCAACCUUGAAUUACAGUAGUCAAGGAAUGAAUGGUGAGCCUCUAAGGUCUGUAAUGGUUGCAGACAGCAGUAGUAAUGCCAACCAUCAUAACCAGGAUAUCUUUCAGAUUGGUCCUGAUGGAUCAUCUCCAAGUCGAACUCACCAGACUCUGUCCUUCUCCUGGGAGUAGUAUGUGCGCCCUAUGGCAAUCUUUGUGACCCAGCCUAUUUAUUUGUUGCCUAAAAUAGUGGGUUUCAAUGUUUUUAUCAAAUGUAUAAAUCUUCCAACAAAUUAUUCUCAAUGAAAUUUGGGAAGUCUUAAAAUUAUA